UAGCUGACGCGCCUCCACAAUGCGUGGUUGGUCUUCAGCAUCAGUCGUCGUUGAACCCUCGUCUCGCGAGCAGCUACGACCGUCCGGUGAAUCGAAAGCGUGAACACAUCAGACGAAAUGGCUACCAUUACGAGGCUGUCGAUCAUAAAAUUCCUUGAGCUUCUCUUGGUAUGCAUCCUUAUCGGGUUGCACUACAACUCCUUCAAUGCAGGAGAUCAACAUACCGCGAUGAUAACCAUGGGAACCUUUGGGGGAUACCUGAUUAUUCUGGUCGGCUUGUUUAUCGGCAGCGUGAUGGGAACACCGGUGAACCGCCGUGUGGAUCUCUUCUUCGCGCUCAUUGGAUGCGCCCUGUUCAUCGCCGCGGGCGCGCUCAACAUCGACUACUUCCAGAAGUACGGACACAAGUCAUCGUUCCGCGAUACCGGCUUGGCCAAAGGGUCUCUCAGUAUUAUCGAGGGCAUCGUUUUCCUUGUGGACGCGUUCCUCACUUUUCGGGGGGAGAACUGAGAUCUGAAUCGCUUUUAAGUACAACGAGGGACUGCGCGGCCGGCAAUCGGUGUUAAUCACAUUCCGCAAUCGACGGAAAACUUUUCUAAUCUGUAAGGGAUUGGAUACUGCCAAAGAGUUUCCCCGAAGGAAACUUUCUUUUCAGCCGGGUAGCCAAGUGUAGUCGCGAAACGCGAAUCAUACAUACGGCGUCGCAAAGUUCCGCCGAUUUCUUUGAAUCAUGCGAAGCACGAGUUACGAGGCUUCGCGACUUGUGCCAUUUGUCUUGCACUUCGACGCGAAGUGUCUGUUUCAUCGAGAUUCUACGUUUCUCUAACUUGCUUAACUUUUCAAAAUUCUGAUUAAAAAUCUUUAGAAAUUGAAUAAAGAUAAAAUAUUCGCAAGACAUUUUUCUCUUAUGGAUAAAGAAAAAUUUCUGUUUAAAUAAAGCUUUCUAAUGUAAAUGUGACUUUGCGACGAUAUAUAAUCGAUGAUAGUACAAAACGUGCAGGGAUCACAUGACAAUGAUACAUACUUGCAUAUUAUACAUAUAUAUUAUAUAUAUGUGUAAUACGUUACUAUUAAUAAGCGGCAGUCCCUUCGUAGAAGCAGGCCAGUUGGUAUCAUAAUCAUUAAUAAUGUACUGAUAUCGCACUCGUAAUUUAAGUCAUGCUAUUCUGAGAUUUGACAAGUAACGAGAACAAGAAGAAAAGGAACGAUAACAUCAUGACGUUUUUAUAGACGACGUCAUUUGAUUGUAUCUCGGCGCUGAAAUAAGUUCGUUGUGUCCGCCGUCCUUUCACAAAUAUUCACGAAAUAUUUAUCUUUGAUUUGUACGUUUUUACGCUAAGACUUCAACAAUAAAGGAAAAUUAUGAAGAAAAAGA